UAUUUGUUGGAAGGGAACCCAGUUUGCACUCAAGUCCCCCAGUGAUCUGGGAAAAAGCCACCCUAGGGUGGGUCAAUAGUGCUAUCAACUAUUUUGCUGCAUGUAUAUGGACGGAUCGUACGGUCCUCCCCCCAGGUCUCUAUCUCAGCAGUAAAUUCCCAGCUGGUCGAUGCAGCAAGGAGGUGCAGGAGGCGGGGUGAAGCCGCAAAUGCCAGCCCUGGAAAACUACGUGCUGCCUGGAUCCCGGCCAGGUCAGCGAAGCGGAGGCCGCCGGAGGAGGGAGGCAAGAGGCUGCGGAUUGUGCUCAGACAUUGUCCGCCCUUGGCAGAGAGUGAAAAUGUCUUCCACCAAAGUGGGCUUUCGUCUGGCUGCCUGUUUACUAAACAUUUCAGAAGCCAGAAAAAAAGAUAUUGUUGAGAAAAUAGCUAAAGCUGCUCUUCAUGAUGAUAAUGGACAGAAACAUUCUCAAGCCACAGUACUUAAUAUAUUUUCUGAUUAUGAUUACAACAGAUCAGUCAUAACCAUAGCAGCUCCCAUUGAUAUGUUAGGCAACUAUGUCAUUGCUGCCUGCACUGAGGCUUUCCGGUCAAUUGAUAUGGCUAUCCAGGAAGGAAUCCAUCCUUGCCUUGGAGCAGUGGACUUAGUUCCUAUCUAUCCUCUUUUGGAUGUAGGCAUGGAGGAAUGUGGAAAAGUGGCUCAAAGCAUAGCUGAGAUUUUGACCCUUCGUGUCCCAGGAUGCAGUAUGUUUCUUUUUGGGCAAGCUGAUCAACCUGAGAAACGAAGUUUGGUUCAGAGAAGAAAACAGCUGGGUUGGUUUAAAGGGAGAGAUUUCAAGUCAAUGGAAGUUAAACCUGAUAUAGGAGCUGUGCCUUCCCAAAGAUACGGUCUAACAGGUGUUGGAGCCAGCCCCUAUGUGAUGAAUUGCAAUGUGACUAUAGACACUCAAGACAUGGCUACAGGAAAAGAUAUAGCACGUGCUAUCCGAGGCAGCAAUACACGUGGUUUAAAGGGUGUACAGACUAUGGCUUUUCCCCACAAUGGGAAAAUUGAAAUCGCUUGUAAUGUGGAGAGCUUUGAAGAUCAAGACAAUAUAAUGACCGCACAUGAAGACUUUGGGUACAUUUCGUAUUGUGUUCUUGGGAAGACUUUUUCUUAUGUAUCCCCUCAAUCUAUAGAGGCUCAAAUUAAAAAAUUGGCCAGCAACUAUGGGAUAAAUACUGCCAGGACAGCCUUAGUUGGAUUUACUCCAGAGGAGUGUAAGCACUGUGCCACAUAUGCAUUAAAGAAAGGCAUUGGAGAAUUCUGGAGGAUGAGGGGAGGCAUGUUCAUGUGAUGCCCAUUUUACCUCAGCAGUUAUAAAUCCUGGUAUGUUGAAAUUAUGGUCCUUACCAAUUAAAGAAACCCACAUUAUAUUGUUUAUGUGGGGAGACACAAAUGCACAUUUGCAAAGUUGGCUUUUCCCCACAAUUCCCCUUACAAGUGUGUAUUGAUUGCCCCUGUGAUCUGAUCAGUGGAUGAUGUUAUAUACUACCAUAGAAAACCAAAGAUGGUUUGUCAUACCUGAUUCUAGGGGUCUGUUGGUUUUAAUGGGCUGUCUAGUGAUCAACUGUCCCACUUCCUUGAGAUCCAGGUGUUUGCAGGCUCUCAUCUAGCAAUAGUUUGACCAUCUCUGGGUGCCAGCUGUUGGACCUCACAUAUCAGUGUUCAAGGUUUCAUCGCACUGACAGGGGAAAAAUUGCUUGUCUGGAGUGUGGGGAAGUGGGGCCUUGAAUGUGAGGGGACAGUGGAAGGGGUCCUUUCUUUUUUAGUCUGGGAAGAUAGUAGUGAUUAGAGCUGGUCAAAAAAUGGGGAAAUCUUUCACAAAAUAUGUGUUGUUUUUUCACUCAUUUAAAAUUUGAAUGCUUUCUGCCAAUUCCAGCGGAGGGAGUAUGGGUAUGUCUACACUAGGAAAUAAAGUCAAAUUUAUAGAAGUCAA